AUGUCAACUGCAAUAACAAAAAAACUAAAUUUAUCAUUUACUAACAAAACAAUUAUUACCGUUUCACUUAUUAUAACAAUAUGUAGUCUCUAUUAUUUUGUUAUCAACAAUAAAAUAUUAUCCUCAACAAGAAAUCUUCUUGUUACAUCGUUAGCACUAUCAUCGUCAUCAUUAUCAUCAGCAGAAAGCCUUAAUUCUAAUCAAUGUCGAUUAUCUAUGAAAGAAUCUGACGAUUGGUUUUGUGAAUUAGAUUCUGAUUGGAAACGUCGAAAAAUACUUCAUCAUAUACAAGAUAAACGUAAUUGUGUGUCAGAUGCACGUUCAUUAUUUUUUCAGAACAAUUGGGAGCCAACAAUACAGUGUGAAUUCGAACGACGUGUUGGUAACAGUGGUGAUGGUGGAAAAUGGGUUUGUGACAUACAUCGUUUUGGAUCUAUGAAUACAACAAAUAUAUUAGUUUAUUCAUUGGAUUCUAGUGGUGAUUUUAGUUUUGAACAAGCAAUUAAAAGACUAUUUCUAAAUGCAGAAAUUCAUACAUUUGAUAUGGGAUUAUUUCAAUGUCCUCCAAAUGUUUGUUCAUUUCAUCAAGUUCGUUUAGGAAGUGGAAAAAAUGAUAGUUCAAAAUCUUUACAAAUGAUUGUGAAUGAACUUGGUCAUCAAAAACGAUAA